AUGUGAGGCAGCCACUCCUGCUGUGUGGUAUGCGAUCUGGUUGAAGGACAUGACGAAAUGUCCGAAGGAGUUUGCGUCGGCCAUAGAAACGUUGUAGAGCUUAGCGCCAGGCCAUCCGAGCUUGCCGUGGCCACCGCUACAAUACCCCGAGGACUCAGUGCCGACGCCGGUUGCUACCACCGCCCCUUCAGGACCGGUGGCUUCGCCCAAUUCUGCGGCUCCAGCUGUUCGGGUCACGGUUCCGAGUCCCGCAACAACACGUUCGGCAACCCCGCCGUCUGCACCGCUCGCUGGGAACCAGGUGCUCUCGAUGUGGAAGUUGGUCGGUCCGCGCCAGCCAACGAGCCCCCGCCUGUGAGGGAUGGUGGAGGCUCUGCGGCAUUUGACGAGGAGAACACACGUGCUUUUAUUGAGAGUCGCCGGUGGGGGAGGGAUGUCGGCACUUCAGCCGGACUCGCCCCUAUGUUCAGGAGUGGCAUACAAUCACCUGCCGCACGGGGUGGUACUGCUGUGGCACCUGCCGCACCUGCCCGCUGUUCGUCGGAGCACCCUUGGUUGCCGCCUCCACCGUCGCAGGUGGCGCAGCGUCCGGUAGUCGACCACGUUCACGCAUCCGCCCGCCCUGAUCCUUCACACGUACCUGCAGAUGCUCGACAAUCUGCUUUCAUUCCUCGUGUUGGGGAACAGGCGGAGCAUGGGUUGCCUGCCGAGGACGAUCCCCCUCCGGUUUUUCCUGACGGACUCCAUCGGGGUGAGCGUCGAGGCGAUGGAGGUUUCCAAAAGGAUGAGAGUGUGAAACACAUCUUCUGGAUUCCUUGCGUCGCCCACAUCAUGGACCUCAUUCUCGAGGACAUCGGCGGGAUUGAUUGGGUGGCUUCCCGCAUUCCGCAAGCGAGGCUGGUGACAAGGUUCUUCAAGUGCCAUGGACAUGUGAGAGAGGUUCUUGAGGCGUACUCGAAGAAGACUCUUUUGCGGUCGGUGGAGACCCGUUUCGGCACGAACGUCAUCAUGAUGACGAGGCUGGUGAAACUGCGGGCGAAGUUGACACAGGUUGUAGGCGACGAUCGCUGGCGUGAGACUGUUUGGUCGACCAGCAAGAUUUGUAAGGACACCGCGGAGGUCACUGCGUGUAUCGGCUCCCCUCCAUGGUGGGAGGAUUCGAGAGCUUUGUGCAAGAUGCUUGAGCCCAUCAUGGACAUGCUGAGGUUGGUGGACAGCGACACACGCCAGAUCAGCAAGAUUCUGCGACGUUACGAGGAGAUGAUUGCAUCUUGUUUGUCCGCAUGUCGUGACAUUGAUCAAGACCAGCAGGACGCUAUUGUGGAGGUGUUCCUCAGGCGGCGCACCAUGUUCAAGACCCCCGCUCACACGGCAGCCAUGAUGCUAGAUCCAGAGUUUCAGGACGCGACGUUGUGUGACGAUGCGGAGGUCAUGGAGGAUGAGGCGGCCGUGGACCAGCAGCUCGUUAGAGGCACCGGUGCGCUGGCAAAGGUGACUGAGGAGGAGUUGAGCCUCGCCAGAGAGAGGAUGCGCGCCGUUUCCCGCAUGGGAGCCGAGCGUCGGGUGGCGGAGUCGGACAGGAGGGGACGCAGGGCCGGAGGUCAGGGACGUGGCGGCCGUGGGCGAGCGGGUGUGGGAGGACCGACACGUGGCGAUGUGCGUUUUGCUUCUCGGACUCGGCGACAGCGGGCGGACGGACACAUUCGCAGGGCCCGCAUGCGUUGGGACGAGGGAGACUUCUUGUUCGAUAACACAUCCAGCGACGACGACGAUUUCUUUGCGUUGGGCAUACAUGCGGCCAUGGACGAUGAUAGAGGCGGUGGUGGAGGCGACGGUGACGACGUAGGGGAUGGUGACGGUCCUGGCGACACUUACAGGGCAGGUGACGGUGGACGCAAGGACCGGUUGAGAUGCGGGGGCAGACGGGAUGACAGUAUUGCGUCUCGUGUGCGCAGACGUCGUGUCCACAUUGCGACCGACACGGGGGCACGUGUCAUGCAGCAGGACCCGGUUGUCGUGUCAGAGGACGACAUGGGAGAUCCUUCCAACGAGAUGCGGCGUGACCCGGUUGACGUAGAGGCGCAAGCCUCGCCCGCGGCGGCGAUGGUGACAGAGGAGGAUACUGGAGUCAGGAUCACUCAUCCCCGAUCGCCAGCGCCGGUUGUUGGCACUGAGGAGGAGACGGAGUUUGGAGGACCCGCGCAACGUAGCCUGGGAGGUUCACUAGAGGCAGUGUCUGCAGAUUUUGUGGCGCACGGGGAUCAUGGUUCACAACAGUUAUCAGACGGCGUGUCAUCAGUCCAUCCACCGGACGAGGGCCCGCAGCGAGAGCCACAUCGAGGUCCGACGGAGACUUUAGCGGCGAGGCCUCUCGGAGUUAUCCGCUCGGACGGAGGUGAGGGCGUGGGCCAAGAUACGGCGCAGCCAGGGAGCGCAGAUGCUGGACGGUCCUUCGGGGGGCCCAUCGAGCGCAGAGGGUCAUCGACCACACACCCCGACAUCGUUAGGCCCAACGCACAUGACGUUGGAGACGGGCACACAGAUGAGCCUCUACCGCAUCUGAUGGGGAUGCGUGACAUCAUGCGUCCACCACCCUCACGCCCCCUUGCCGCUGACCCCGUCGCCCACGGGCAGGCCACGCAGAGCGCAUUGCCUACGAGGUCUUUCUACAACGGUGCGGGCAUGGACCGGAGGGCGGGCGAUAUCGAACAGGCAUCAGCAUGCGGACCGACAGAUGUGCCCGCGGGGGCGCGAUCAAUCGGCAACGUCGAUGGCACUUGUCGCGAUUCCAUGAGAGCUUACGAGGAGCAGCAUGGGAGGCCUAUACGGGCCAAGACGAUUGAUGUCCACGACACCAGGACAGCAACUGCGAGGCUAUCACGGGCGAAGAAGAAGGGAACAGGUGCGUCGAUUCCGUAUCACCGGCGCCGCCCGCAACCUUUUUUCCGCAACAGGGACGAGACUAGACAGAUGCCAACUGUUGCAGAUGGAUAGGGGGUGGCGGACGGAGGUGACAGAGUGGACGAAUCAAGGCGAGGUUAGAAG